AUGCAUACGCACAGGUCUUGGCGUGGCGUCUUCUUUGCCUUCGCAUCUUUUGUAGUAGGGUCCUCCCUACGACCGCUUCACUCGGAUGCCGAUGGCGCGGAUGCGAUACUGGAGGCAGUAGACGCCGAGACCUUGCACCAACUAGCAGCCCGGAACAUCUCGAAGAACGAUGUGCAACAUGAGGCGCGCGGCGAGAAUGAUGAGAACGUGUCAACCUCGGAGGCUCGUUUGAGAGCACCGAAUGCUUCUCUCGGUGCACAUCAGCUUCGGCCGCCGCCUUUGACGAUUGGCACUCAGGACACCACUUCGUUCGACAAGGAGCAGAAUCGCAGGCGUGGUUCACCUGCUGGGCUUGAGAAGUUUCGGCCGCCACCUUUGACGAUUGGCAUUCAGGACAUCGAUCUGGAUGGCACUGCUGGCACUGACACCGAGCAGGUGUCGCGGGUUCCGCGUGCUCCAACCGCGAUGAAGGUGCAGGCGAACACCUGGGGGGUUGAAGCGAUUCCUUCGAAGUCUUCGAAGUCUUCGAUGGCUUCGAAGGGCGGCUCGGUGCUGGGAGCAGAGAUCCCACAGCUGGCGUCGAAGAUCCCUGAGCCACCCGACUUCGAGCCGCUCAUGCUCGAGAAGAUGCCCCAAGCCGCCCAAGCGAUGCAGUGGAGGCAACGCGUCACCAAGACGCAGACAGCGGACUGGUCCAAGUGCUACAACUUCAACUUCGACACAAGGUACGGGCCAGGCGACCUCGUCCACUUCAAUACGUCGCAGGGCCUGGAGGUGGGCCAGGUCCAGGACUGCGACAAGGUCGCCAGCACUUGCAGGGUCUACAGGCUCCAGGGCCCCGAGCCAUCGUCCUCGCCAGAUGCCGUUCCAGUGCCAGACACUCUGCACGCCGUGGAGAUCGACUAUCGAAACCUCUCCCUCUACGAUGUCUUUGCUCCCAAAGAGAAGGUUUUCUACCGCUCGAGGAAGCCCCGGAAGUGGCAUCUGGGACAGGUGCUGACGAGAAAGGGUGACGACUACCUGAUUAUCCCCAAGAGGAGGAGAGGACAACUUCUGCGCUCUCUUGCAGAUUGGAAUUCGUCCAAAACCGAGACGUCAACAAGGAGUGCUUAUGACGUGCGUCUCCUUCAGAUGUACCACCUGGGAGAUCCUGUCGUCGCCUGGGGCCCCUCGACUGGCGUUUGGAGGCGGGGGCGCGUGGUUGGGGAGGUGAUGGACGCCGAACACGUGAAGUGCCCCGCCUUCUUCUUCCAGGAUUCCGCGACUAACGCGACUGAAGUCGUCUCCACUUUCUUGUUGCGCCCUCUAAACCGGAUCUUGCCGAAGGACUACGCGCAAGUUCGACCCUUUGGAGCCGUGGUGCAGGUCGAGUACCCGACGUACCAGGGAGACUUCAUUGUGAAGGUGCACAGCGUGUUCGGCUAUCAGAAAGAGUACUACUUCAACCAGCUUCAAAAGCUGAACGCAACUCCUUCGAAGCAUCAUGGUGAUCAGGUCAUGGCCAGGGAUUCUGCCAAUGGCUUCUGGUAUCCGGCGGUGGUUAGCAGGGAUUCCGGGAAGGACCCAUACAUCCGCAACAGUCACGGACAAUGGACUGGACUCUACAGCAUCAAGUGGCUCGACGCGAAGCCGGGCGACAUCCGGAAGACGGAUCUGGAGCUGAAGCAGCGGAAAGGCAACGAAGUGACCAAGCUGCUGACGGAGAUCCGGCCCGAGGACUGUGGCAAGAACCUCUUCGCCGCCCGCAUCGCCAAGGAAGCGAAGUGCCCCAGCGUGUGCGCCUAUUGGUCCGAGAUCGACAACGCCUACUGUAGCUUCCGUUGCGUUCCCUCAUGUCCGUCCUUUGUGGAGUCCCCUGCCUACGUGACGGAGGAGAAGCAAUUGAUCUGCGCUCGCUGCCGGGUCCGGAACUGCAGGCGAUGCUCUCCGACAAAGAAGACCCUCUGCGAAGAGUGCCUUGAUGGCUACAGGUUAUCAGCUGGCUCCUGCUUGGAGAGACCUGACGGCUUCUUCUCAUGGAUCCGCAUCACGGUCGAGAACGCCGUCGACAACGGGUCCGUGGUCAUCGGAUCAGUGAGCCUCCUGCUUCUCAUCGUCGUGACGUGGUACGUGGACCUGCGCUGCCUCCGAGCAGUGAAGGAGGAGAACGCCGUUGCAGUGGACGCGUUCGCUACUUGCCGGAGGCUUGUGAGCGAGGGCCAGGAUGGAGGCGGCGGCUUGUAUCCUUUGGCCACGAACCUGCAGAGAAAGCCCGUGGCGGGCCUUGGGUUGAUGUUUCUCAUGAACUUUCAGUGCGCAGUCAUCGCCAUGACCUUGCUGAUCUUUGUUGCAUGGAUGGUGAUGCUCAGAUUCUGGCCCGAUUUGAACAUCGUGGGCAUAAGUGAGGUAGAUGAUGCGCGGCAGCAGUGUGCCAUUGCACACUGGGGGGCAGAAGUUCAGAACCUCGCACUCAUCCCAGAGCUCCUCUUUGCGGUAUUCACCUACCUCGUGAUCUUCUUUAUCUCCAUCGCCGCUGUGAUCUGCCAGCGCCUGCGCUUCCUGCGGCACGACGCAGAGAACGCCACGCUAAAGGACUUUGCAGCCGUUUGCCGAGGUCUGCCGGAGUUUUGUGGCGUCGAAGAUGCGGAGGAGCGCGUCAAGGAAGCCAUCGAGAGCCACUCGAAAGAGCAGGUCCUGGGCGUGUCCAUUUGCUGGGACUACCGCAGGGACGUUGACAAAGUGGAGUCCUGCGUGGACGCGACCCUCCAGAGCAUGGAUCCCGAGCUGCAGGUUUCCCCGACACGCCCUCGAUGGGUGCUGCAGCGCGUCUUCAUGAUGCUGGAGCGGCAAGUCCUGGGGGAACAGCGCGGCCACAAGAAGCCGGAGGAGGUGCGGGAGAUGUUGCUGAACUUGAAGUGCUCUGGUGCUUGUUUCGUCGUGUUCCCAACAGAACUUGCACGGGACAAAGCUGUGGCCAGUGCUUCGAGUGGCAUUCCCCUUGGGAAGCUCAAGCUCAGCCUCAGGCCCUCGGAAGCAGAGCCAGACUCCGUGCGCUGGGCCUCGUUUGGAGGCGGAAGCCGUGACUUCGCCUGGAGGUGUUUGCGGGCGGUCCUGGAGUUGACGGCCGUCAUCAUCCUACUCAUGUACCUUCUGAAGUAUCCCUACGCGCGCUACGUCAUGUCCUUUUCGUACGCCGAGAAGGGCAAGCCCAACAAUUUGAACGGAAACUUUCUCAUGCUCAUCUCCAUCAUAGCCAACCAGAUCAUCUACUUCUUCAGUGACAAGGUGGCCGAGGACCUCAAUUUGUGGUACACUGAGCACAAGCAAAAGGCGUAUUUGCUCUUCUACCUUGUGGCGAUGGUUCUAGAGCUGAUGAUGGAUCUGUUCUUCACUGCACGGACGACUUUCAAUCAGCUUGUGGCAGCCGGUCGCCGGACCUACGGCGGGGAGAAGCUGUCGGACCUGGCCAGCUGGCAUGAGUUGGUCCAGACCUACGUGAUGCAGAAUGCGCUCGGCAACCAGCUUCUGGAUUACGCCUUGCCCUCGACGUUCCUGGCGCCUUUUCUCUUCGAGCCGUUGAUCGGCUUCUUCAUCUACCACAUUGGCAAAGUGAUGGUUCGCUCCCACGUGGAGAUAAGCAAGUACGAUGCGCAGCAGAGAGUGAGCUGGUUCUGGGUCAACGACCUUUCCCGCUAUGGUGAUGUCAUCCUCAACUUGACUAUCGCGGUGAUCUUCCUGGCAAUUCACGGAGGCUUCAAUGCGAGGGCUUUCGGCUACCUUUUGGGAUGCCACCUCUACAUCUACUUCUUCGACCACUGGAUGCUGCUCCGCGCGAUGCCUCGUGUGAAGUACAACUUGAUGUCAGUUGACGCUCUGGCGCAUAUGAUGAUGGUCAUACCGACUGGCAUCGUGCUCGUUUGCAUCGUAUUCAAGGCCAACUGCAAGGACAUGCCAGAGCAUCCGCUUGGCAAGCUUAUGCCCUUCGAGCAGUAUUGCUUCGUGAGCAUGGACCUGAUGGGCGUGCUGAUCCUGGUCUUUGUGGCCCACGCCAGUCUGCACAUGACCAUCGUGCACUUGCUUCUGACCUACAUCCGCGUUGACCACAUGCAGCAAGAGACGACAUACGCAGAAGUCGCGAAGGUGACGCCCUGCAGCUGGUUCACGGCAAACCCGGUCCACUGCUUGCGCUCAGAGCACCUGAAGAAGCACGACCCUCCUUGCCGCUUCUAUGUUCCUGGCCGGGAACAUCUGCUGAGGGCCAACAAAGAGGCGAACUGCCACUUCGAGGAUUCCAACUACUACGCUGUGCAGCCAAGAGGAUGGCAUCUCCUCAGCAAUGAGAACGGGGACAUGGGGGGAGACAUGAGCAAAUAG